UGUGUUCUCGGUUCAGUCAGGCGGAGACAGAGACGCUUCUGGAAGAACCAUCACGAUGGCCGCCCAAGGAGAACCCCAAGUGCAGUUCAAACUUGUAUUAGUUGGUGAUGGAGGUACUGGAAAAAACACAUUUGUAAAACGUCACUUGACUGGUGAAUUUGAGAAGAAGUAUGUAGCCACCUUGGGUGUUGAAGUCCAUCCUCUCGUGUUCCAUACUAAGAGAGGUCCUAUUAAAUUCAACGUAUGGGAUACAGCUGGCCAAGAGAAAUUUGGUGGUCUGAGAGAUGGUUAUUACAUCCAAGCUCAGUGUGCCAUUAUAAUGUUUGAUGUAACAUCAAGAGUUACUUACAAGAAUGUACCUAACUGGCAUAGAGAUCUGGUACGAGUAUGUGAAAAUAUCCCUAUAGUGUUGUGUGGCAACAAAGUGGAUAUUAAGGACAGAAAAGUCAAGGCGAAAUCAAUUGUCUUCCACAGGAAGAAGAACCUCCAGUACUAUGACAUUUCAGCCAAAAGUAACUACAACUUUGAGAAGCCCUUCCUUUGGCUUGCUAGAAAACUUAUUGGAGACCCUAAUUUGGAGUUUGUUGCCAUGCCUGCUCUUGCACCUCCAGAGGUUGUCAUGGACCCAGCACUGGCAGCACAGUAUGAGCAGGACUUACAGAUUGCUCAGACAACUGCGCUCCCUGAUGAAGAUGAUGACCUGUAAGGGAAUGAAGCUAGAGCCCAGCGUCAGAGGUCUAGUUUUAUAGGCAACUGUCCUGUGAUGUCAGUGGUGUAGCGUGUUUGCCACUUUAUUAUAUAGCUGAGCAGAACAUGUGCUUAAUCUUUGGGAUGCUGAAGGAGAUGAAUGGGCUUCGGAGUGAAUGUGGCAGUUUAAAAAAUAUAAUUCAUAUUUUGGACCUGCGUAUUUAGCUGUUUUGGACCGCAAUUACGUCCCCUUGAGUUUCAAAUAUAAGACUGCUGCAGUCCCAUCACAA